CAUGGGAUUCCCAGCUUUAGCUGUGAGAGACCUCAAUUAUGUGCAUUGUAAUGGCUUGAGAGCAGCUGGUAUUUCCAAGGCUACAAAGCAAGCUUGAUUCUAAUUCAAUUAAUUGCAUAAUAGGGUUUGAUUAGCUGGGGUGUUUACAGCACAUGUAUAUUCCAGCCUAUAAGUCAAUGAUAGACUUCUUCAACAACACUCUGAGUAUAAAAGCUGCAGAAAAAAUCAUGGCUGAGCUAGACCACGGGAAGCUUUUGAUGCUAGCUGAGCAAGGAGCUGAACUGGAUGGAACUGACUGUUGGAAGAAGGGAAAAUCGCACUGGUACUACAAGUGGAGAAUGGACACUGUAAAAUACUGCUGGAUGAUGCGCACGUCAAUUCCAAUUUUCCUCAUUCUUUUGCUGUUUCUCAAUCUGUGCCUGGCUACUCUCACACUGGCUACACCUGCACACUACACAACCACUGCUGCAUCUCACUACGACAUCGAUGCAACCACCUCUAUUGAUAUCUCCUAUGCACCAACUGAAGAGGAUGGAGAUACUUUCAUACACAAGCCACCGGCAUUCUUUGAUCCAACCAAGCCAACACCUCUCUCAUUUAUCAAGAAUGCAAAAUGUAAGCUUCACAAAGAGAAUGGAAAAACUAUUCCACGCAGAUGUGGACUGAGGGAGCUUGACCUACCUGACAAUGAGAGUGGAGUAGAGUACUGGAACCCUCAGAUCUGUCGCUCUGCUCGCUGUCAGUGUGUAGCUACGAAGGAGAUUCGCAAGAAGACGAAAAGAUCAAUUGCUAACAACAAGACUAUUAUCGAAUACCGGCGAUUCAAACUGUUUGAGUGUGUCUGAACUAGUACAUGCAAUCAUUUAAUGUUAAUCUUGAUACAGGUCAUCCUCACUCCACAAUACAUGAUUUUGUGUUCUGUUUGUUUUUUAUGUUCAUCAACAUCGUUUCAUUUAAUGUCACUUCAUUUGUGUUUUGUUUGUUUUUUAUGUUCAACAACAUGUCGCACUUUGUUUUAAUAUCGCUUUGUACAUGUACACUUGUGAAUUAAUAAAUUGCAUUGCAAACGAUAGAUCAGCCAAAUAGUAA